CACAAUGGCCAGGCUCGUAUGAGGGAGCUGCCCUGUCAGUACAGUAACAGACGCGCCUCAGCAGCAACAGCGGCGGCGGCGGCGGCAGCGGGGGCGCAUUCACCGAGACGCAAGAGGAGGAAUAGAUAUGGCACACAUCUGAGAAAUAAAGGUCAAUGUGGCUACUAAGGCGGCUAUCUGGAGUAGUUGUCAGUCAUCGUGGAUUCCUAAGGCCCGUCUCUAUAGCAACCCACUCCUCCUCCUGAGUACUGCUGCCAACUUACCCUCUCUACCACACAACGAAGCUCUCCUCAUCCCCCGGGCCAAUUGCCAGCUCUGAACUGCGUUGGAAUGGACACUGAGUCGACACACUCGGGCUACUCCUAUCACUCCAGCCGCUCCGGGAGAUCAAACCGUCAUGGGGAUCGAAGCCGUGAGCGGCACAAGGCCAGCAGCAGCAAAGACAGCAGUCGCUCUGAGAGAUCCGUCGUCAUCAACCCCCCUGACACCCCCUCCCAGGACUCCCCUGUUCACAACGGUGAGCCGCUGCCAGGAGAACCCACACCAGCAGCAGAUCUUGGAGAUGAGGCCCAGGAUGAUAACUGGGGGGAAACCACCACUGCAGUGACAGGCACCUCAGAGCUGAGUAUAUCCCAGGAGGAAGUGGUUGGACUGGGGAAGGGAAUACAGGACCGGACCCAAGGCUUCCGCCGUUACCUUCCCCUGGCUGUAGGCCUGUGUGUGGGGCUGCUGGUGGUGGCCACGCCCUUGGUCUUCCUGCUUCUUCCGGUUGUGAUGUGGGCUGACAGGCUGCAGGCUUGUGGCGCAGCCUGCGAGGGCCUCUUCCUCUCCAUCUCCUUCAAGCUCCUCAUCCUCCUGGUGGCCAUUUGGGCCUUGUUUCUCCGACCGGGCCGCGCCAGCCUGCCCAGAGUGUGUGUGUACCGUGCCUUCCUCACCACACUUACACUCUUGCUCACCAUGUCUUAUUGGCUCUUUUACGGGGUCCGGAUCCUUGAUGCUCAGGACGAGGACUACCAUGGUAUCGUCCAGUUUGCAGUGUCCCUCGUGGACUCGCAGCUGUUUGUCCACUACCUGGCCGUGGUGCUGCUGGAGCUUCGUCACUUGCAGCCCUGCUACAGCGUGUGUGUCAUGCGCUCCACUGAUGGAGAGACGCGUCACUACAACAUAGGACAGCUCAGCAUUCAGAAGGCUGCUCUGUCCAUUUUGGAGUAUUACUACAGAGAUUUUCCACUCCAUAACCCAGCACUUCUGUCCGCCUCGAAGCACCGGGCUGCCAAACACCUGGCCGGGUUAAAGGUCUACAACGUAGACGCCCCGGGAAGCACAGCAGGAGCGCAGCCUGGUAAUGGGAAUCAGUCACGGGCCAUGGUUACAGCUGCCGGCAAACGCAAAGACACUGCCCACAGUGAGCUAUACUAUGAAGAGGCUGACUACGAGAGAAGGGUCCGUAAACGUAGAGCCAGGCUGGUAGUGGCUGUGGAGGAGGCCUUCACACAUGUCCGGCGGAUGAAGAAAGAGGAUGAGCGUGCAACACCGUCUGACAUUAUGGAUGUACGUGAAGCAGCUCUGGCUAUAUUUCCCUCUAUGGCCCGUGCCCUGCAGAAGUACCUCCGCACCACCAGGAGGCAGCACUGCCACAGCAUGGAGAGCAUCCAGAAGCACCUCGCUUUCUGCCUCAUCAAUAACAUGAGCCCUAAGGCCUUCCUUGAAGCCUACCUGGCCCCUGGUCCGACCCUGCAAUACGGCCCUGAGCGCUGGAUGGCUGACCAGUGGACUUUGGUAAGCGAGGCUUCUGUCACCGGCGGCAUAAAGGAGGGGACAGAGUUCCUGCUGAGGUGUCUUGACUUUAGCUUAGCUGUGACCGUCAAGAGCAUCCCUUACAUCCGACUGACUGAGGAGUUCAUCGACCCCAAGUCUCACAAGUUUUUACUGCUGCUCCAAUCAGAAACCUCAGUUUAACAUUGACAUAGCGGGCCACUGCUGCUGAUCUGGACUCACAGGACACAGUUACAUUUAUCCGAUUUUUCAAAAAUAGCUUUUUGUACUGUUUUUUGUACUUAUGUUUGUGUAAUUUACUCACGUAGAGUAUCUUUGUGUCCUUGUCUUUGUCCCGGGCGACAUGGAAGAUGAUAAAAGACAGAAAGCGUGAGGGAAUAUGCUUGGCUUUCUCUGUCCUGACAUUUGCAGAACACAGUUCAGGUAUUCCUCUAUGCACGACUGAUGACCUUCACACAUUUUCUUCUUCCUGUAUUUGCAUGUGCCAGUGUGUGCCUGCGUGGGAGAGUUUAUCGUUUAGGAGGAGUGUGUUAUCUAGGAUGCGAAAGUGUGUGAGUAUGUGUGUGUUUUGAGUGUAGUGUACACCCGGAAUCUGUCUCGACCUGUCUCUUCUUUCUCCUUAGCGAUACUAAUGACCAGGACAUUUGAUAUAACCCAAACCCUUUUCACCAAAACUGCUCUUUCCAGUCUUAGCAAUGAUUAUUUAACUGUCCUGUAUUACAGAUGUAUGUACAGUAUUUAUAUGUGAAUAUACUUUAUCCCUUUACUUACCUUUACCUGUACUUUUUAUAUCAAAAUUGUGCAUUGCUUGAAUAAUUUUUUUUAC